CAGCUAAAUUCAGUGGUGAAAUCCCUGGUGUCCAAAAACUUAGAUUUUUUAAUGUCUUUUUUGUGCUCAGGAUCCAUGAAUCUUUUUCCAACAUCCCCUCCCCUCUCAAGAUAACUAGUUCUUCUUCCCCUAAUCUUGACACUUGAUUUGAUCCAAAUUGUUUUGGUUUUUUUCCCCCUUUUAUUAUGUUUGUUCUUUGCUGUCCUCUCCUCUUUGUCUACCUGUCUCUUGUCUUUUGGUCACACUCUCCUCCUCCCAUGCCUCACCCCACUCCCCACCAUCCUUAUAUCUAUUACAGAGUUUUUCCAAGAGUCACUCUCUGCAUCUGAGCACUUCCUCUCUCAAUUGUUCUCUCAAUCUUGUGGCCGCUUGUUUGUCCAGCAUACACCAGUGUUCAGUGAACUCUUUUCACAGCCAUAUGACCACUACUGGGGAAUAAGCACAGUUUUAGAUGAUGCCUUGUCUGAAUUCUGGUCUCAGUUGUAGGAAAAGGCAUUUCCCCUGCUAUAUAUCCACAGUAUAUAGUUGCACUCUUGAUUACCUGCUUUUUGCCUUGCUCACCUGUCUGCAUACCCAAAUGCCAGCUACAACCUUUUGGACCUCGACAUCUCCACCUACAGAUAACUCGAGCUCUCUGGCUGUUCACACCUUCAUCCAGGGACUGGCAAUCAGAAGAGAUGUGAUCAGCUCAACACUUAAGGCGGCAAAGACUGCAGCUGGGGCAGCCACCAGCUCGAAUGAGAGCAGCAGCACUUGGGCAUGACCUGGACCUUCAAGAUGCAGAGGGAGACAUAAAAGCUGAGACUUGGAGAAAAGCAAAGAAAGAUGCAAAAAGGAGGCAAGCAACUGGGAGAGAUGUAGAAAAAGGAAGAUACCAAUGAAGCCGCUGAGAUGAAGUCUGGACAAAGGGAGAGGGAGGGAAAAAAAGGAUCUGGGGCGGAGCUGAACAGGGAGAAAGUUCUGAAGAAAAAAUUGAGUUCCAAGGAAGCAAGCUGUGGCUGGGGUGAGAAGUGAAGAGGGGCUUAGCUACCCACUCCACACCCCUAGAACCAUUUUGAUGAUGCGUCUCUGGCUCUGGGGGUCCAAGAGUCUCUGGGUUGCUUUAAUAGUCUUCAUGACCAUUGGAUUAGCACUCCAGAUUUGGCAAUGGCCUUUCCAGAGGAGGCCUCCUGGGCUAUAUUUUCAACAACUGUGGGCCUCUACCUCUGGUUCUUUGGCCUCCUCCUGUAAUCCUCAGAAGCAGCUUGUAUUCCUGAAGACUCAUAAAUCUGGAAGCAGUUCUGUACUAAGCCUUCUCCAUCAGUAUGGGGAUCGACACAGCCUACGCUUUGCUCUCCCUGUCCGAUACCAGUUUGGAUACCCAAAGUUCUUCCAGGCUACUUCAGUCAAAGGUUACCUCCCCCAUGGUGGGGGACCCCAGCCUACUUUCCACAUCCUUUGUCACCACAUGAGGUUCAACCUACCAGAGGUACUCCGGGUUAUGCCCCCUGAUAGUUUCUUCUUCUCCAUUGUCCGAGAUCCUGCAGCACUGGCAAUUUCUGCCUUCUCCUACUACAAAUCUGUAUCAUCUGCUUUCCGUGCAGCACCAUCUUUGGCAGCUUUCCUAGCUUCACCACGAGCAUUCUACCGGCCAGGGGGCCGUGGGGACCACUAUGCACGGAACUUACUCUGGUUUGAUUUUGGCCUUCCUCUCCCCCAGGAAAUAAGGGCAUUGAAGAGGUAUCCUAAACCCUUCAAAAAAACCCAGUCCUCGGAUAUACAUAUUUGGCCAUCUAACUCUAUAUCCCAGCCCUCAAAACUUGAUCCCAACUCCCUCUUCAAAUUUCCUCAUUCUACAUCUCAUAUCCAAUUAACUGACCACUCCAUGUCCCUCAGUCCUGCUUCUAUACCAGAUUCACUAUCUUCAUCCUUCAUCCAAUGGGCUCUGGCCUGGUUAGACUCAAUCUUUGACCUGGUCUUGGUGGCAGAAUACUUUGAUGAGUCACUGGUGCUUCUGGCAGAUGCCCUGUGCUGGGGCCUGGAUGAUGUUGUAGGCUUUGUACAUAAUGCCCAGGCAACUAGUAUGAAGAGUGUCAAAGGUCACAAAGGAAUCAAAGAUCAUGGUGGAAUCAUGGAUAAACAAUUAGCUAAUAGGGCUAGAGCUUGGAAUAACCUAGACUGGGCUCUCUAUGUCCACUUCAAUCACAGCCUAUGGAACCGUGCAGACCGUUAUGGGAGGGUGAGGCUUGCUUCAGCAGUAGCCAAACUUCGAGCCCGUAGGUCAGCAUUGGCUUCUCACUGCCUUUUGGGGGGAGGAGCUGUGGAUCCUGGUCAAAUAGCUAACCUCCAGCUUCGUCCUUUCCAGUUUGGGGCCCGAGGGGUUCAGGGCUAUGUACUGAAAAAGGGGCUGAGCCCCCAAGACCAUGAAGAGUGUGAGCGCCUUGCUACUCCAGAAUUGCAAUAUAAAGACAAGCUAGAUGCCAAGCAGUUCCCCAAAGCUGCUUGGUCACCCUCCUACCCUUCUAAUGCCAUAAACCCAUGCCCCAAGGGCAACUGAGUUUAGAAAGGAGACACAGAAUUUAAUAAUAAAAGUGUUGGGUUGCCAAAGAGGACAAGGAACAGGACAAUUUGCUGCUGUAAAUCCUGCAGUUCCUUGAGAGCAGGUAUCAAACAGGGCCACACUGCCUCCAAGGCCCCAACUCUUCCCCAUUCCCCUUAGACUUCCAAAUAUCUAUCCCCUUAUCAAUCACUUCUUGCAUCUUUUUCAAGCCUUAUGGUAAGUUCCAUGUAACAACUCUCAACUCCCUAGAAGGGUCAAAAGGUUAAAAGUGGUGAAAUAAAAAACUCAGAAAUUUACCUUA